AUGACCUCAUCUAGCCGCUCCGAGCGCGUCGCAAAUGCCCUCCAAUCCCUCCUCGAACGUCUAGUCCCGCAACAACUACCUGGAGAAUCCGAAGAGAACGCGGACCAACGCUGGGAAGACGCCAAUAACUUUGCGCACGAGGUGAUCGACCAAGCAGGCAACAACGAGCGCAAUGCAGACGACGUGAAUCAUGCGGCGGAUCUAAUCUCGAGGAGACUCGUGAGGGAUGGGAAUGGGUCUCCAGAAAAGGCGGCGCAGUUUGGGAAUCUGUACAGCCGGUUAUUGGCGCAGCCUGUUUUGGGCAAGAAAUGGGGGAUUCUAUACUUCUUGUUGAGGGUCGCAGAGGCUGGGGAUGGAGAUUCGUUGGCUCAGAGUGGGAAUGGGAUCCAUGUGCAGGAAGAGCAGGAAGAGGAAGAGGAGGAAGAGGAGGAGGAAGAGGAGCAGGUGCAGCAAGUGAGAGGGGUUGGAGAAGAUGGAGGAAUAUACGAUGGGCAGAAUGAGGUCUUUGACGAUGCAUUUGCGAGGAAUGGGUUGCAUAGAGUCCCUACUGCGAAGGGUCCGGACAGUCCAAGGGAUCCUCCAGUCCGCGAGCGAGGGAAGGGUGUACCUGCAAGGUCAAGACCACAACAGACAGAGGAAGAGGCGCCUCCGUCACCGCAGAAGAAGGCCAUGGAAUUGGAGCCAUCAGAAGCUGCGCUGCUGAGGGAUCUGCCCUUCACGCUUCAAGGCCUAUCGUCAAACAAUCUCCCUUUCGCAGACAAGAAAUCGGUCACAUUGCCGGCCACACUACCUGUACCGCUGGUAUCGCUGCUGCACUCACUCGCUGAGCCUUCUUUGUUAUAUCGAUCGCUGUCCGACUUCGUCGACUCUGACGAAGGUGGUCUCGUAGGACAGGCCCUGCGAUACGCAAUCGGAGUCGAACUACGAUCGUAUCUGGGCUUAGUCGCUACCCUGGAAGGACAAAUACGUCGCGCCCUCGCCCAACUGGACGAAAGCCUUCCCCACGGAGGCUUGGGCAAGGCAGCGGUGACCUUGAAACGAUGUGUGGUCUGGACACGAGAAGCUACACUGGGACUACGAUUGAUGAGCAUGAUAGUAGAAUCAGCAAAGGGCAAGAAGGGUGGUGAGCUGAUCAGCCUAACACAUACCUUCUCUUCGUCGCACGGAGAUCCAUUUGUGCAUACUUUUGCCGAGAGGCUGCUCUCGCAUAUUACCAAACCAUUCUACAGCAUGCUACGGGCUUGGAUCUACGAUGGAGAACUCGAAGAUCCUUACCAUGAAUUCUUCGUAUACGAAACCCAAGACAAUGAUGACGUUGGUGCCACCAGUGUUUGGGAGCACAAGUAUCGGCUCAAUGAGAGCAUGAUACCCUCCAUUGUCACGUCCGAGUUCGCGCAGCGCGUCUUUUUGAUUGGAAAAAGCUUGAACUUCAUUCGAUAUGGGUGUGGUGACAGUGGCUGGGUUGAGUCCUACAGCAAGAAGGCUUCCCGAGAGCUCAAGUACGGCGACACGGCCAUGCUCUCCACAAGCAUUGACGAGGCAUACAAGACUGUCAUGGCUCGAUUAAUGGAUCUGUUGGAGAGCAAGUUCGCGCUAUCUACAAAUCUCAAAGCGCUGAAGAAGUAUAUAUUACUCGGCCAAGGCGACUUCAUCGCGCUGCUGAUGGAGUCUCUUGCGUCUGCACUGGACCGACCGGCCAACAGCCAGUACCGCCACACACUGACCGCACAACUUGAGCACGCGAUCAAUCACUCCAACGCACAGAAUGAUGGCCAAGAGGUCCUCCGGCGGCUUGACGCCCGUAUGCUCGAGUUGAGUCACGGCGAGAUAGGAUGGGACGUGUUUACGCUAGAGUAUCGCGUCGACCCUCCGCUGGACGUCAUCAUCACGCCUUGGUCUAACAGACAGUACCUGAAGGUCUUCAAUUUCCUCUGGCGAGUGAAGCGUGUCGAAUUCGCACUCUCGACCACUUGGAGAAGACUGCAGACUGGUGCGAGAGGCGUGCUUAGCGCUGUCACCGAUCGGCUUGGUGCAGACUGGAAGAUGGUACGGGGCGGUCUGGCCGAAAUGAUCCAUUUCGUCGAUCAACUGCAAUACUACAUCCUCUUCGAAGUCAUCGAGAAAGGCUGGGCCGACCUCGAACUGGCAAUGCACAAACCCGAUGCCACCCUUGAUACACUGAUCGAAGCGCACACUAAGUAUCUGCGCGACAUCACGAGGAAAGGUCUCCUGGGCGGCGCCGGAUAUCUGGACUUUUCCACUCAGCUCCACGAGAUCCUGAAGCUGAUGCUAGCGUACAAGGAUGCCGUCGACAGCCUGUACAGCUAUAGCGUGGCCGAGUUCACGCGACGACAGGACAUGGCUGCUCGAAUCGAAUCACGCACACGCGCCGGGCGAUGGGGUAUCACCGAAGCAGACGAAGAAGCCGCACAAACCACCCCUCUCCUCCCUCCCUCGAGCGUCGCCCGUGACAGACGGGAAGCCGCAUCACCCCUCCCACAACUGCUGAGCCUCCACGGAGGCGCAGAAGGCGAGCGCGCCAUGCUCGAUCAACUCCGGCAACGACUCAAGUCUCUGCCCCUCGAUUUCCGCGCGCGCACCAACUUGCUCCUCGGCGACCUGGCGCAUCAGCCGGACAGCGAUAUGCGGUUCCUGGCCGUGGUGAUGAAUUUCAACGAUGUCUAUAACCCGGUGCGGAAGAGGAAACCACCGCCGCCGCAGCAGCAGCAGUCGCAUCAUCAUCAUCAUCCGAAGAGCGAGAAGGAGAAGCUUUCGGCUGCGAGUGUUACGAGUUCGACCUCGUCGAGGAGGCCUCCUCAGGCGCAGGAAGGCAAGGCCUGA